AUGACUAUGACUGGCCUGCAGAAGCAAAUUGGUCAGCUCUUUGCGGUCGGUUUCCACGGCCUUACUCCGAGCCCAGAAAUAAAGACUCUAAUCCACGAUUAUGGUAUUGGAGCGAUCGUACUCUUCAAACGAAAUGUUAGCGAUGCAGCUCAAGUCCAGGCUUUGACGCAUGCUCUCCAAGAAGAAGCACGGUCAGCAGGACACGAGCACCCCCUGCUUAUAGGAAUUGAUCAGGAAAAUGGCCUUGUCACCAGGGUAUCACCUCCAGUUGCUCCACAACUGCCGGGCCCUAUGGCUCUAGGCGCCACCAAUUCCCCCGAGCUCGCAUAUCAGGUCGGAGCUGCAACUGGUGAGAUAUUGAGCGCCGCGGGGAUUAACAUGAACUAUGCGCCCGUCUGUGACAUCAAUUCCGAGCCGCUCAACCCUGUAAUCGGGGUUCGUAGCUUUGGAGAUAAGCCCGAGUUUGUGGCCCGAUUCGCCAGCGCCAGCGCCCAAGGUCUUCGGGAGCACAAGGUCGUACCUACUGUAAAGCACUUCCCGGGACACGGUGAUACCGCAGUCGAUUCACACUAUGGACUACCUGUCAUUCCAAAGACACGAGAGCAACUGGAAAGUUGCGAGUUAGUUCCUUUCCGUCAAGCAGCUAAUGAAGGUAUCGAGGCAAUCAUGACAGCCCAUAUCUCUCUACCUGGCAUAGGUGAUGGCAAAUUGCCUGCCACCUUGUCGCCAGAUGUGAUGAAAAUUCUUCGCGAAGAUAUGGGGUACGGCGGUAUGGUUAUUACGGACUGUCUCGAGAUGGAUGGAAUUCGUGCUACGUACGGAACAGAACAAGGCGCUGUCCUUGCCCUGGCUGCUGGAUGCGACAGCAUCAUGAUAUGCCAUACGUAUUCUGUCCAAGUUGCUUCGAUUCUUCAGGUCUGCCAGGCUGCUGAGUCCGGAAAGAUUUCUUCCGCGCGUUUGAAUGAGGCUAUCCGUCGUGUUAAGGAGCUGAAAAGCAGCUUCCUAAGUUGGGAGACGGCGCUGCGCCCUCUGGAAUCGAGAAAAAACUGGCCUGCUCUGGGAACAGACGCAGUGAAACAUUCCGCGCUGGCGAAGCAGGCCUAUGCUCAGUCUGUGACGCUUGUUCGAGAUACCUCACAGAUUCUCCCUGUGUCCAGGUCUGCUAAUGUCGUUUUCCUCUUUCCUGGGGACCAGACACCAGCUGGAGGUGCAGUGGACGGAGAAGGGCUGGGAAGGAAGGGCUCUUACAACGCCUCCGUUUAUCUCAAUAUACUGAAGCAAUACAACCCAACCGUGGUUGAGAUCCGAUAUGGGGCAGCGGGCUUAUCGACUGAGCUGAUGAGUGCCAUCGAAGCUGCCGAUGUCGUUAUCUUCACUUCUAUCAAUGCGCGGGAAUCACCGUUUCAGCGGACAUUAGGCUUGGAGCUGCCUAGCCGGGCCCGUAAAUUGAUCAGCAUCGCCGCCUGUAACCCCUACGACUUCCUGGAAGAUGCGUCCGUUGGAACAUACAUCGCCACCUAUGAGCCAACACUUGAAGCAUUUGCGGCAGCUGCUGAGGUGAUAUUCGGGAAAUCGGAACCCAAAGGCAUUUUGCCAGUUGAAAACCCUACCAGUCAACUGUCUAUUAAGGAAUCAGCAUUGGAUAACACAAAAGAUAUCCUGCAACUGACUGCUAUUUGGAAUGCUGCGUUGCCUACCUACCCACUUUCCGCUCAGAAGUUGCAACUACUUGUUAACCAGGAGCAUGGGCAUCAUUUCGUUGCUCGCAUUGGUGCUGAUAUUGUAGGAUUUGCCUUGACAUACACCAGCAAUACAUCUACAGGUGUUGCUGGCAACAUUGCUGUGCUCGCAGUUGAUCUCGCAAAACAAGGCCAGGGACUUGGAACAGCAUUGAUCUCAAAAAUCACUGCAUGGUAUAAAGCCAACUUGAAACUCCCACGCCUCGAACUGAGCAGCUCGUUCCCGAGGUUCUUUCCUGGAGUACCCGACGAUUUGCCGUCGUCAGUACAGGAGUUUUUCCAGAAGCGUGGCUUCUCACUAUGGGAUACAAACCCACGAAAUGUGGACCUGUACCGUGAUAUCCGUGACUUCAAGGCCCCUGACGCGUAUAUUGCUCGGGCGGCAGAUCAGGGAUAUACUUUUGGUCCUCUCCAGCCCGAGCAUUACGAAGAAUGCCUGGCUGGACAGAGGAAGAACUUCUCUGCAAAUGCGGCCUGGGUGCGUCAAUAUGAAGAGCUCCACCCUACCAAGUAUCCAUUCAGUGUAAUGGCAGCCUUCGACUCCCAGGGAAAACAGGCCGCCUGGACGCUGAUGCUUGGUCCUGACUCGCCGGCUCUACAGAGAAACUGGGCGCUUCCACCUGUGUGUGGGCCCAAAACCGGCCUCAUCGGAUGUGUAGGCGUUGAUGUGGAUCAUAGAAAGAAGGGACUUGGGCUGGCACUACUGAGUCACGCGAUGGAGGACAUGAAGCGGAGAGGCGUGGAGGGAGUAUUUGUGGAUUGGGUGGUUCUGGAAGGGUUCUACGAGCAGCUCGGCUUCACAGUCUGGCGCGAGUAUCGACGAGCAACUCUUCAUAUGUAG